AUGGUGUUCUGUACAGUAGCCAGAGAAGAUCAAGUGGCCGGCUUCCCCGAGGCACAUGAAGCCUCACAUCACCAACAGCAGGCAGCACAGAACAGUUUGUUGCCUCUCCUGAGCUCUGCUGUUGAGCCACCUGAUCAGAAGCCGAUUCUGCCCUUACCAAUAACUCAAAAACCUCAACCUGCACCAGAAACAUUAAAGGAUGCUAUUGUUGGGAUUAAAAAGGAAAAACCUAAAACCUCCUUUGUGUGUACUUACUGCAGCAAAGCUUUCAGGGACAGCUACCAUUUGAGGCGCCAUGAGUCCUGCCACACAGGGAUAAAGUUAGUGUCACGGCCAAAGAAAACUCCCACCACAAUGGUGCCCCUUAUCUCGACCAUCGCUGGUGACAACAGCCGAACUUCAUUGGUUUCGACUAUUGCGGGCAUUUUGUCAACAGUCACUACGUCUUCCUCUGCCACCAACCCCAGCAGUAGUGCCGGUGCAACUGCCAUGGCAGUGACUCAGACAGUGAAGAAGCCUAGCAAACCCGUCAAGAAGAACCAUGCUUGUGAGAUGUGCGGAAAGGCCUUCAGGGAUGUGUACCACCUCAACCGGCACAAGCUGUCCCACUCGGAUGAGAAACCCUUUGAAUGUCCCAUUUGCAAUCAGCGCUUCAAGAGGAAGGAUCGCAUGACCUAUCACGUGAGGUCUCAUGAAGGUGGCAUCACCAAACCAUACACCUGUGGUGUUUGUGGAAAAGGCUUCUCGAGGCCUGAUCACUUAAGCUGUCAUGUCAAACACGUUCACUCAACAGAAAGACCCUUCAAAUGCCAAACAUGCACUGCUGCCUUUGCUACCAAAGACAGACUGCGGACACACAUGGUGCGCCAUGAAGGAAAGGUAUCGUGUAAUAUCUGUGGUAAACUUCUGAGUGCAGCGUAUAUCACCAGCCACUUAAAGACACACGGGCAGAGCCAAAGUAUCAACUGUAAUACCUGUAAACAAGGCAUCAAUAAAACAUGCAUGAGCGACGAGACCAGCAACCAGAAGCAGCAGCAGCAACAGCAGCAGCAGCAACAGCAGCAGCAGCAGCAGCAGCAGCAACAACAGCAGCAGCAGCAGCAGCAACAACAGCAUGUAUCAAGCUGGCCUGGAAAGCAGGGAGAGACACUGAGAUUAUGGGAAGAAGCUGUCAAAGCAAGGAAGAAAGAAUGUCAGUUCACCUUUGAGAAGGCUAUAGAGUACGUACCAUUCGAAGCUGCUAACUUGUGCCAAACCUCCACUGCUGCUACUACGCCUGUGACUCUUACUACUCCAUUCAGUAUAACGUCCUCUGUGGCUUCUGGGACUAUCACAAACCCAGUCACAGUGGCAGCUGCAAUGAGCAUGAGAAGUCCAGUAAAUGUAUCAAGUGCAGUUAAUAUAUCCAGUCCGAUGAAUCUAGGGCAUCCUGUAACUAUAACAAGUCCAUUAUCCAUGACAUCGCCAUUAACGCUCACAACACCAGUCAAUUUACCUACCCCAGUAACUGCUCCGGUGAAUAUAGCGCAUCCAGUCACUAUCACAUCUCCUAUGAACCUCCCAACACCAAUGACGUUAGCUGGUCCAUUAAAUAUAGCAAUGAGACCAGUAGAGAGCAUGCCUUUCCUGCCCCAAGCCUUGCCCACGUCUCCUCCCUGGUAAAGAAUUUCUAAACAGUAUUAAAGAGGAUUACAACUGAAUCCUUACCAGCAGUUUUUUUUAGUUGUUAAUAAUAAUAAUAAUAAUAAUGAAUAAUAAUAAUG